UAGAGUGCCCACAUCCCAUACAUCAUACCCACCAAUUACAUCACACCAUCUUUGACCUCUACAUUUUCUCUCUCUCUCUCUCCUUCUUUCCCUCUCUCCCUCUCACUUCCCCUUUCCCUCUAUCAGCUUGUGUUGUCAGCUGUGUGCUUGUUGGUCUCUUUUCUCUGCUCUCUCCUUCUUUGUCUGGCUAUAGUUGUGUUCCAUUGGAAGUGAAAGUUAUUGAAAUUUAGAUUCAUUACUUUGUUUGCUUUCUUUCCUCGUUUUUUAGCUCAGGCCUCAAGGAAGAAGAGGAAGAAAGAAAGGAGACAUCAGAUCUUUCCCGCCUUUCUUUUUUCCCCCACCUUCUUUGUAUUCGUCCGAUUCUAUUUGUUUUCUACAGUUAUCGCACUUGGGUUUUAGUUUAUUCUGCUUUUCGGAUUUGCCCUUGUGUUUUUCAUAUCUGGGUUUUCAAAUUUUUUUUUUCUUUCUAUCAGUUCAUCUUUUUCUGGGGUUUUUCUAUUCUUAUUCCUUUUUUAGUUAGUUUAGAUAAAUUGGAGGUGCCAGUAGUAGAAGUCCUAAUAUAUCUUAUUCUGUAGCUUCUGCUCCUGUUUCUGCUCAAAUUUCAUCUUGAAUUCAAGUUUGUCUUUCAUUUUUAUUUCUUUCCUAAAUUCCUUCUUUCAGUCUGAGUGGUAUUAGAUCUGAAAAGCCUUCUUAGGGUUUAUCCCUGACCAACAAGAUCCUUUUUUUUUUCUUUUUUCUGGUUCAAUUAUUUUUCUUUGAGAUUUAAGAUAUUUAUCGAAUUUGUAAAGUGGACCUUUUCUAGAUUCCUUAGGUUAUGCUUGUAUAAAAAAAGAUAUUCGGAUUCCUUGCAAAUGCCUAUUGAUUUAAUGGGUCUCUUCUCCUCUUAAGAUCUCCACCUCUCUGCAUUUCCUUUCGGGGUUCUUCCUCCCCUGCUCUGUUUUCCUUCUUUUUUUUUUUUUUUUUUCUUGUAAUCAGAACUAUAGCGGAAUUCAUGGCUUCCCUGGUUUGUAUGAUCCGGAGAUGUUGAAGAAGACAGGAAGAAACUAGGAGUUUCCCACCAAUAGCGUUUACUCAAAUCCAACCAAAUGAAGUGGGGGAUGGAAAUUCUUUCUCCAGAGAGCUAUUCUACCGAUUCAAAUUGGUUGCUUGAAGAGAGCAAGAGCACGCUCAGCACGGAAUGGACCCAUGAAGAGAAUAAGAUGUUUGAGAAUGCUCUGGCGGUAUAUGAUAGGGAUACACCUGAUCGAUGGUAUAAAGUAGCAGAAUUGAUCCCAGGGAAGACUGUGUGGGAUGUGAUCAAGCAGUAUAAGGAACUGGAAGAUGAUGUUUGCGAGAUAGAAGCUGGUCGGAUACCUAUUCCUGGUUAUCGUACCUCUACUUUCACGUUGGAGUGGGUGAACAACAGUGGAUUUGAUGGGCUUAAACAAAGCUAUGGUCCUGGUGGAAGGAGAUCUUCUUCAGGUCGUCCUGAUCAGGAAAGGAAGAAAGGGGUCCCAUGGACAGAGGAUGAACAUAGGUUGUUCCUCAUGGGACUUAAAAAGUAUGGCAAAGGGGAUUGGAGAAAUAUAUCCAGGAAUUUUGUAGUCUCAAGGACCCCAACUCAGGUUGCUAGCCAUGCACAGAAGUACUUCAUAAGGCAACUUUCAGGAGGGAAAGAUAAGAGGAGAUCCAGUAUCCAUGACAUCACAACUGUUAAUAUCACAGAUGCUAGACCAACUUCCCCAGAAAACAGACAUUCAUCCCCUGAUCAGCCUACUAUGCGUGUUCAACAACCCAAAGCACUAUUUGAUUGGAACCAACCCAACAAUGGAGCAGGCAUGGUUUUCAACUCGUCACAUGGGAACGUGUUCAUUCCAUCUACUUAUGGGAUGACACCUUAUGGAAUUAAGCUACAAGGGCAAAAUCAUCAUAAAGAUGUUCUUCGUGGAUCUCAUCUUGGACCUCACAACAACAUGGUGUUUCAAAUAUAGCACUUACAACUAAAGCUUUAUAGAUAGUGCAGCAUUGUCUUUCGAGUUCUUAGUAGAUAGUCAGUGCCCAAUGUCAUUUUGUUCAGUAGGAGUCUUCUUUCUAUGUUUUUGUGGUCGUUCUAUGUGAAUAUUGGGGGCUUUUCAAGUGUUACUUGUAUUUGAUCUUCAGUAAACAGAAUUUAUAUGGUGCAUCCAUUUCAAGUUCUGAUCUUUGAUAUUGAAAGAGAAGAUCCCAAAAAUUGGGUUCUGUUUGUAUCAAAGCAUUAAACUGAAUUCUGGAGUUGAGAGUUUCUUGUUUA